AUGGCUUUUGCCGUACGUAUAAAUAUGUCUUUACACAAACUCAUUCGCUCUAACCGUAGACAAUUUAGCUCAUAUAUUGGAAAGGAAGUUAGAAGUGAAGAUUUGAUCAAAAAAGAUGAUUCUUGGGUAAUCGAGGAGACAAAUUUUUGUUUAGGGAAAGUUGCGAAAAUUAGAUUCAGAGAUACGGACGAUUUAGCUCGCAGAACCCUACACUUGAUGGACACUCAAUUGAGUAAAAUGCACACAAGAUUGCGUGACGGUACUUGUAUUCCUUACAUGUCACUAUCUCUCCAUCAAGUAGUUGAUCAUCCCUGUCCAAUGCAUAUUUUCAUCGAACAACCACUACUCAAAUGGACUUGGGAUGAAUGCUAUGACGAGGCCUAUGAUGAUGUAUAG